AUGGGCACCUGACUUUUUUAUUGAGAGGGCUGAAAAAGGUAAGGGGGCGAGGGAGAAGAGAUAAGCAUUAUUUUCCUCACAUAAAGCCUGGAUGAAGGGAUCUCACACCCCAAGAGAUCCCUCAACGACAGGAAGACACCCUUUACAUGUUCACCAAAAAAUGCAGUUCAGUUUAUUCCACAAACAGUAACAAAACAGUAAAAUUCUAGUUGCAAACAGAUUAGCAAACAAGCCUGAAGUUAGCAAGUUGGCCAAAGUUACAAAGUUCCGAACUCUUGACCCCUGAACCUCUGGUUUCUUUGACCUUCACCCACAACUUUGCCAAAGUUGGACAAGUGCUGGACAUUUGUCUGAGGCUUUUAGCGCCAGUGUCAGCGGUCAAUAAGCGGGCGUUCGCUCGCAACAUUUGCGUGUAUUAAUGUUGUUAUUAUUUAAAUGGCAUAUCAAAGCUUACAGUAACCAAGGCCUCGAUAACGACAAAUGUUGUAAGACGCACACGUAAAAAUAACACAAAUGUCCGUGUGUGUGUGUGUGAGAGAGAGACAGAAAGCGAGAGAGAGAGAAGUUUAUUUUUAGACAUAAGCGCCACCGAAAAAUCAGCAUCAGCAUCGCCGUAUUCCUGUUUGAAUAUCACCAACAACCCUCGCAAUUUAUUUUUAUUUUUUUAUUAUUUUAUUUAUUAUUAUUUUUAUUUUAUUUAUUUAUUUUUUUUUUUUUUUGCACUGAUGUGAAACUAAUGGUAGACUGGUUGGCUCUGCUUGAAGCUGACAAGCUGCCAUUUUGGAGAUCGUUAUUGUUACAUUAUACGAGAAUCAAGGGCUGAACAGCAGUGUUGGCCAUUGUGACAUUGUGCCUCUGUGUCAUCCUGACACAGGUGACAAAUCCACUGCAGGUCUGGCCGCUUAGGGUCAGGGAAAGUACUUACCAACUCAGCAGGUAGGUGAAAUAUUCCCGAGCCAAGGGCGAUGUGACAGAAAUUCUGAAUCAUCGACCUGACAAUGGAGAGCGAUCUGUCAGACUUCCCACGCCCAGAAGUUAAUUUAUCUUGAGCUUGAGCUCCAGACUACACAGUAAUUAAGUAAACUUUGCUCAAGCCUUCCUACUGGCAAAAUAAACGAGGAAGGUUAAUGAGUGCGCUGUCUUACGAGUGCCCAGGUUGUGCAACAAGCGCGUGCACGACUUCGUGGAAAUGGAGGCACGAAGCUCGUCUUUUCACGCAGACAUUUUAUUAUCACGAGAAGUGUGCAAAGCAAACACGGACUGAGUCGUUCUUGCCUGCCUGGGGUCACCUGCCAGUUUUUCUUAUAAUGACAGCCAUACAUACAUUCACUGUCAACAUUCUGGAGCUGCUGGGUCCACCAGUCGUCAUGGCUGCAGACGAAACGCCGUCUGCCGGAGACCCAUUAUUCAAACUGUCCUCAGAGGGUAACAGCCUUACACUUUAUUUCAAAGUUUACAUGUGCGACUAGUCCAACCCUACCUUCUGGAAAUUUGCCCAGUUUGUACAAAAAGCAACUAAUUACAGAAGCGUUUGGAUAUAUGUGUACUGGAAGUCGACAGCAACUCCCGGAUCUGUGACAAGCGCAGGACCUUAGAAGGGUCAACCCACGGUGUGUACGCUCGGUCCCAGUCGACAGGCCUCCAGGGAAUGCUUUCGGGGGCAAGGUUCGAACUCUUAAUUCGACCAGAACGAGCCCCGGGGUGCCUGGACCAAUCAGAAACGCGAAGGCAAUUGAUCCGCGGGCGAUGGACCAAUCGCGGCGGGGCGCGAGCAAGCGGGGCAUGGACUGGCCGCUGGCGGGGAUGCAGAAGGUGGAUGGCGGUCCAUGAAACUGGAGACUAAAUGGCUGUGGAGACAGCGGAGUGUCGGGUAGAAAGAAAAAUUGAACGAGCUGUGUCCGCGGGCCAACCUCGUGCUGAGUGACAGCUACAUCCAGAGCCCUCUGUCCUCCAGUCACACCUUUACGACGUCACACGCAGGACAGGAAGUGGCAUUGUCAUAGCAAGAACAGAGCCUCACAUUCAGCUAUGCACGUGAGGAUAACGAGAAUCUCGCCUCCAACUGUGGAAGAAAGCCCGCAGACAUUUCUGGUCCAGCACAGCCGUGACCUCUGACCCUUAGGGGGAAAACGAUCUGACUAAAGGUUUUGACGGAAGGGGAGUACAUAUGGCAGAGGCAGCAUGCAAGUGCUGGGACGAAGUGCUGGAUAAGUAACUGUGAGACUCAUCCAUCGGACACAAUACGGGUACACUGACGAGGGCAAAGAGCUCCAGGCGCCGUUAACCCCAUCUUCCUCGCUUCCUGUGUCAAAGACAACUGCCAGAGCACGAUGGGAAGUAAGGGAGAGCAUCGAGACGGACAAUUCAAUGCCCCGACGACAGAGAUUCAGUUGCAAGAGAAGCAACUGGAUGGGGCCAUGGAGAGAACACUCAUGCUGAAGGACGGGCAGAAGAUGGAGAUCACCAUGCUCCCCCACACAGGAGGGACAUCAGAAAGUGAAGGUGAUGGCCGAGAGACUUGGGCCAAGAAGAUCGACUUUCUUCUCUCUGUGAUUGGCUUUGCCGUAGACCUGGCCAACGUGUGGCGAUUUCCUUACCUGUGCUAUAAAAAUGGAGGAGGCGCUUUCCUGAUUCCUUACCUGAUGAUGCUGCUGCUGGGAGGCAUUCCUCUCUUCUACAUGGAGCUGGCCUUGGGGCAGUUCAAUCGCACAGGGGCCAUAACUUGCUGGGCCAACAUCUGUCCUCUCUUUAAGGGUAUCGGGUGGGCCGUGGUGCUGAUCGCCUUCUACACAGACUUCUUCUACAACGUUGUCAUCGCCUGGUGCCUCCACUUCUUCUUCGCUUCCUUUACCACCGACCUGCCCUGGACCUCCUGCGACAACGACUGGAACACACACUUGUGCCACGACGGCAGGAUCGACGCCAACGUCACAAACGUCACGCAGGUGAACGUCACGGUGGUGGGAGUAGCGGAUGUGACGUACAACAUCACCAAAGCUAACUUCAGUGAGGUGGACAGCUUCCGGUCCUCGGCGCAGGAAUACUUUGAGCGCGGAAUGUUGUCCUUGCAUAAAAGUGAUGGUAUAUUUGAAGUGGGCAAAAUCAAGUGGCAACUCGUCCUUUGUCUGCUGGGCGUUUAUCUCAUCUGCUACUUCAGCCUCUGGAAAGGAAUUCACACAUCAGGAAAGGUCGUGUGGUUCACCGCCCUCUUCCCCUACGUCGUCCUCCUCAUCCUGCUCUUCCGGGGGGCAACCCUCCCUGGUGCUGCCGAGGGCGUAAAAUAUUACCUGCUUCCGUCAUUCGCUCGUCUUCAGAACUCAGAGGUCUGGAUUGACGCUGCCCAUCAGGUGUUCUUCUCGUUGGGCCCUGGCUUCGGCGUUCUGCUCGCUUUCUCCAGCUACAAUCCUUUCCAUAAUAAUGUUUACAGAGACGCUUUGAUAACAAGUGCCAUCAACUGCCUCACAAGCUUCUUCUCUGGUUUCAUCAUCUUCAUGAUCCUGGGGUACAUGGCACAUCGCGCAAACAAAGACAUUUCAAAAGUAGCCACUGAAGGUCCGGGACUAGUCUUCGUUGUCUACCCAGAAGCCAUCUCCACUCUUCCAGGGGCGACGUUCUGGGCAAUCAUCUUCUUCCUAAUGUUACUAACGUUAGGUCUCGACAGCUCGUUUGGAGGGUCAGAGGCCAUCAUCACAGCCAUGGCCGACGAGUUUCCAUGGUUGCGGAGUCAUCGUGAGAUCUUCGUAGCUGUCCUCUUUAGCCUCUACUUCAUCGUCGGUUUGGCAAGCUGCGCAGAGGGUGGCCUCUACGUGGUGACUCUCAUGGACAAGUUCGCGGCUGGCUACUCCAUUCUCUUCGCUGUCUUCUUUGAAACUCUCGCCAUUUCAUGGGCAUACGGACUCGACCGCUUCACCGAGGACUUGGAGGCGAUGCUUGGCCACAAGCCUGGGUGGUACUGGUAUAUCUGCUGGAAGUUUCUGGCGCCCCUGUUUCUGUUGUUCAUCAUGGUGUUUGGUCUGGUGAACUACACACCCCUCACGUACGACGGUUACGUCUACCCGGUGGGAGCCUCCAUCAUCGGGUGGUCCAUUGCACUGUCCUCAAUCCUGUGUAUUCCAGGAUUCGCGAUCUACAGCCUCAUUCGCGCCAAGGGGUCACUGUCAAAGAGGCUGCAUUACCUGCUGGAGCCGCGAAACCGUCGGGAGUUGAAGAUCCACAACGCUCGUAACACGGUCCGACUCAACGGCGGAGGACAAGGCGCCUAUGUCUGAGAUUUGUUCGCUGUACGAAGCGAGCAUGGCUGACCGGAAGUUGCGUGCGAGACUGAGCAAAUGAGCAUUGCCCGCUGGUCCAGUGGCGUUUUCAUUGUGAAGGACUAUUACGAUCGACACAGGGAGAAGAUAUUACAAAUUUCCCUCACGAAUCCUGGAGACAGUACCAGGUAGCUGGUGUUCAGAUGAGGUGCAGACAAAAAAAAAAAGAGAGAAGCGAGGGAGGGGUCGGAUGAAGAACGGAAGUAAAUAGCACCGAGGGGAAAGCAGGGGUUAGUACUAAGGGAGAUAAGUGCUUCUUUUGAACGUUGUGCACACUACAGCAAGGACCUUCUUCCGACCCUGACCACUGAAGCAGUAGACACUGGAUAAUCUGGAAAGCAGUGCAACCUCGCGAGUGAGUUAGAUGCUCUGAUCACGUGACUGUCGAUGUCUGUCGAGUUACUCCGUUUUCCACGACAGCGGCCAUGGUUACAAGUUAAGGAAGACACUCAUGUAAACUUCGUCUUAGUUUAGAGUAGCUACGAUAGUUAGGUGUUAUGUAGGCGAGUGGACAUAUGGCACUAGUUCUGUGUAAUGUCUGAAAAAGAUUCUAACUUAGGAUGUAUACUGCUAUAUAAUGCUUUUGUGACGAAUCUGGUUUUGCAUAUCUCGGAAAAAACAAAAACCUGGUUUUUUUUUUUAAAUUACUAGAUAUGGAAAAGGCUGAACAGUGACUCCGUUAUUAUUUGGUCAAAAAAUACAAAGAAACAGUUUGCAAUGACUUAGUUAAACAGUGCAGGGGCCACUAAAGUUUGAAUGCCCCAGCUACAUACCUGCAAGAAUGUUUUUGAGUAAGUCGAUAAAAUGGCCGGUGAACUAGUUUGGUAACUAUCAAGAAAUAAAAUCACUAAUUUUUUUUAAUUGAGAUUUUUCCCCACCUACUCUCUACACCUCUGGGAGUCUGUACUGCCUAGAAAACAUUUUGACUAAAACUGGAUGAAUUGUUCUAUUCAGAUUAUCAGACCAGUUCUUGACCACCUGCUUUUUUUUAUUGCAUAUCGAAACGUGUGGGCGGCUUUAUUCGAAUAUUGUGAGGAAGACUUUAGUUGAAUAGUGUAAGGUUGGCUUUAGUCGGACAAUGAGCAAGCGGCUUUAUUCAAGUAAUGGGAGUGAGACAUUAGUCCAGUCGAACAAUGUGAGAUUUUAGUCGACUUAUGUGAGCGUGGUUUUAGUCGAACAAUGUGACGACGGCUUUAGUCAAUGUAAACGUCUGGGUAUGUCCAAGCGUCUUGGAUCGCAGUUUCUUGUCUUGUUAUUUUGUAGUGUUGUUGCUGUUGUCUGUUGGCUGACAGUUAAGUUUGACUUAAACAUUGUUGACAUGAGUUGUUGAAUUCCCUGAUGCAAUACACAGCAUAGCAAUAACGAGUAUUUUGUAAAUAUGGACUUUUUUUUUCGCUAUCAGGUUCGCAUGCAAGUUUCGAUGGCCAUAGUUUGUGCUUUGAAUAUUUCCCGUGAACACAGCAGCAUGCGCUAGUGCAUGCAGAUAAGUGUGUUUCGUGUUGUUUAUAUUAUGUUGUGAUGGAAACGUUUUACUCCGCUUUGCUAAAUCAAGACAGAAAGGAAACGGAUAAUUUAGAAACAUCAGAAGUUUACAGUCUUUCAGACUAUGAGGGGGAAACAAAUAACAUAGGGAAAUAAAAGCUGCAAACAACCACAGUUAAUGGCUUUCCUGAAUAAUAGCCUUUUAUUGUCCGUCAUAACAAAGUUAUUAGCCCUCAGUAGAGAAACUCGCCAACCCUUCACACAGAAACAGCAUUUGCAGAUGUCCUUUAGCCUUUCUUAUGCCACUUGCUUGAUACUUCGUGUGGACCUAGCAAACUUUUCAUGGCACAAUAAACCUUUGAGAGUGCCAAAGAUAGGUGCCAUGCGAAAAAUGCUUUUUUAGUUGCAAUCAUCUGAUGUCUCUCAUACAGUCAUUGCAGUUUGUCAAUAGUUCGAGUAUUAUGGUCCUCCUUUUGCCCCGCUGUUCAUUAUUCCUAUAGCGCAAGUGAUGAUGAUGGAGAUGUUAAAGUGAUGAUCAUAGAAGUGAUAAAGUUGUUGUGUCGGAGCUCCCCAUUCCUGGUGACUGUGAUGCCAUUUGCAUGUUGUAACCGGCGAGUCUUGAGGCUGUGAUGGACAGGUAUGUUGCAACAAGUGUGUCGGCUCCACCACGCCGUUGUUAGAGUACUUGCUGGAUAUUGUCAGAUCCACAAAAUCGUCAAAUCUUUUGUCUAGCAGUGAAACGUGUUGUAGAUGUAUAGUUCUUGACAAGCAAAAUCUAAACAAUCAUUUUUUACAAACUUUCUCCAUGCUCUCUGUAGAUAUUUAGGUUCAUUUUGACCGCGAGUAUUGUAGUUGUCACUGUGAAAAAAACUCUUCUGAAGCCCUUUCAACAGGCCGCCCACGUCAUCUUAGUAGCAAGUGGACUAGUGUGUGACCUAAUUAGCAUGUGUGACCCAUAUUCAUUGUGAUAUCAAUUUUCUUUGUCAACAGUUAACGACUUCUUGAAACAUCAUCCUCGAUUUGACUUCAGCUUUUUCACUGUCACCAUGGUUGGCCUCAGAAAUAAGAUAAACUUAUUUGUUUAUUCGCAUUCAUUUUUCAUGCAACAUCUUUGGAAAUUAAUUUUUUUUAAAAGCUUGGAUUCUGUGGAUUUAAAACAAAAUCUCCAGCAAGGUUAUAUUUAAAUUAAUUUGUUGUCGUUUGUACUAAGCUCUUCUGUCAUCUUUUCAUCCAUGGCCCCUUUUUGUUGUCAUGUAUUGAACCUAAUGCGGAGAAGAAGUGGUGAACGUUAUGUUUUUAUACUGAAACAAAAAAAAAAAAAUCCCCGAGCCGUGUUGUUUAAUGGGUGUCACGUAGGUAGUGUCAACAUAGAAGUGUGCCGUGUGCAAAGCUAGAUUAGGGUCACAGCUUCUACCGUCUUUGGUUUGUUGGUUGGUUUAAUAGGAAAGUGCAUCCACCUAACGGUGACUUCGCACUAUGGGGAAGUGGGAGAGAGAGCUAGACCAGAGUACCCGGAGAAAACCUCCCAACGCCCUCACAUACAAAAAGUGUCCCGAGACGAGAUCUGAACCCUGAGUUUCUCACUACAGUGGUGACAAGCUUCCGGUUCUUUCUCUUCUCAAAGAAAUAUGCUAUCGUUGACCACUCGUGUAUGACAGACCCCUUACCUACGUAGCCUCCCCUUGUGAUAGCGUCCGUACCACAGUAGCCGACCCUUGUGUGUGAUGCAUGCUUCAUGAAGCCGGACUUUGAUACCAAGUUUAUUGUUGACUCGAUAAUGACCUUUCCUACCCGAGGGGUCAUUUCAUUGUUGUGUCUAUUAAUGCGUGUUGUUGUUAAGUGUUUGUAUAUAGCAACACACAUUGUAAGAUGUAAAUUGAAUCCAUGCCUACUGUUCUUUUGCGUGACAGAGCCGACAGCGAGUAACGGCUUUUGAACAAUAAUUACCAUUUUUGCUAUGCUUAGGCAGAUCGACUCUGAGAUUUCCCCGUAUGAUAUUGUUUCCUGCAUCAGAAUCCACCACAAUUAGUUCCUAUCAAUUUUUCAAAUUGAAAAACUGCUAUUGGCGUUCCUAGAAGUCAACAAUAUUUCAUCAUUGUUUGAUUAACCAAUAGCUACUUAGACAAACAACUGCACCACCCUGUCACGUGUCCUGUGCUGGAGACGAAUUCUCUCCCUGUGAACCUACAUCCCGCCGAUAGAAAUACAGUCAUUUGUUGUUUCUUUAUAAAUUUUAUGGCGAGAACUUUCCUGUUUAUGAAAUUACUCCCUAAUUUGAGGAGAUCCCUAAGGAACUGUACUUCUCUGCAUGGACUGUUUGUGCAUACGAAGGUAUCUCGGAAUACAAUAAUCUAAUUACAACUGAGAAACCGUCUCUUUUUCAAACACUUUCAACCCUUCAAACUAAUUAUAAAUAUUUAGUGGCAUACUGAUCCAUAGUGUUUUCCACAUUUUAAGUUUCUAAGUUCAAUGUUGAAAAUGAAUCAAGGAUAGUUUUUAGUGUAACUGUCUAGGCCUGUAGUUGUUGCAAGACGGUCAGUUUACACCACGGAGUCCCUGUGUAUGUAAAACAGUCUUGUAGACGCCAAGAGUUUAUAUUAUGUGCUCAGAACAGGUAACUGUGUGUUUAGAUGUGAACCUUGAUGUGUAGAGCAAGUGGAGAGUAGGUAGAGGGAUGUAUACGUGUACUAUGCGUCUGUUUAUUGCUUGAUUGUUUUCCUCCUUUGAUACGACCAAACAAAUAAAAGAUGAGUCACCAAA